CCUGCCCCCCGAGAGUGCCGAACCCCCCGGGCCGGAUGCCAUGGGUAACAACUUCUCCAGCAUCCCCUCUCUGCCCCGAGGAAACCCGAGCCGGGCGCCGCGGGGCCACCCCCAGAACCUCAAAGACUCCAUCGGGGGUCCCUUCCCCGUCACCUCCCACCGAUGCCACCACAAGCAGAAGCACUGCCCGCCAGUGCUGCCGGGUGGGGGGCUCCCAGCCACGCCGCUGCUCUUCCACCCACACACCAAGGGCUCCCAGAUCCUCAUGGACCUCAGCCACAAGGCCGUCAAGAGGCAGGCCAGCUUCUGCAAUGCCAUCACCUUCAGUAACCGCCCGGUCCUCAUCUACGAGCAAGUCAGGCUGAAGAUCACCAAGAAGCAGUGCUGCUGGAGCGGGGCCCUGCGGCUGGGCUUCACGAGCAAGGACCCGUCCCGCAUCCACCCUGACUCGCUGCCUAAGUACGCCUGCCCUGACCUGGUGUCCCAGAGCGGUUUCUGGGCCAAGGCACUGCCUGAGGAGUUUGCCAAUGAGGGCAACAUCAUCGCCUUCUGGGUGGACAAGAAGGGCCGCGUCUUCUACCGCAUCAACGACUCAGGCGCCAUGCUCUUCUUCAACGGGGUCCGCACGGCUGACCCGCUCUGGGCCCUGGUGGACGUCUACGGCCUCACACGGGGCGUCCAGCUGCUUGACAGCGAGCUGGUGUUCCCGGACUGCCUGCGGCCGCGCUCCUUCACCGCCCUGCGGCGGCCGUCGCUGCGGCGCGAGGCGGACGAGGCGCGCCUCUCAGUGAGCCUGUGCGACCUCAACGUGCCGGCGCCCGAGGGGGACGAGGGCGGCCGGCCCGUGCGCGUGGCCGAGACCAUCUUCGUCAAGGUCACGCGCUCGGGGGGCGCGCGGCCCGGCGCGCUCUCCUUUGGCGUCACCACGUGCGACCCCGGCACGCUGCGGCCGGCCGACCUGCCCUUCAGCCCCGAGGCCCUGGUGGACCGCAAGGAGUUCUGGGCCGUGUGCCGCGUGCCCGGGCCCUUGCACAGCGGCGACAUCCUGGGCCUGGUGGUUAACGCCGACGGCGAGCUGCACCUCAGCCACAACGGCGCGGCCGCCGGCAUGCAGCUGUGCGUGGACGCCUCGCAGCCGCUCUGGAUGCUCUUCGGCCUGCACGGCGCCGUCACGCAGAUCCGCAUCCUCGGCUCCACCAUCCUGGCAGAGCGGGGCAUCCCAUCACUCCCCUGCUCCCCUGCCUCCACACCAACCUCACCCAGUGCCCUGGGCAGCCGCCUCUCUGACCCUUUGCUCAGCACGUGCAGCUCUGGACCUCUGGGUAGCUCUGCCAGCGGGACGGCCCCCAACUCACCGGUGAGCCUGCCUGAAUCACCAGUGACCCCAGGUGUGGGCCAGUGGAGUGAUGAGUGUACCAUUUGCUACGAGCACGCAGUGGACACGGUCAUCUACACGUGUGGUCACAUGUGCCUCUGCUAUGCCUGUGGUCUGCGCCUCAAGAAGGCCCUGCACGCCUGCUGCCCCAUCUGCCGCCGCCCCAUCAAGGACAUCAUCAAGACCUACCGCAGCUCCUAGCCCGCGGGCCCCACCCCGCACACCCACCUUCUGAGACCGCAGCCCAGCUCCAGCCAAGCCAACAGGGCCCCUUCUCUUCCUCAUUUUGGGAACUCUUUUGCCUUCUCCAUUAAACCUGGGAAACUGAGGCCCUGAAGGUUUGGGGGGAGAGGGGAUAUCAGGCAGGGAGGCGGGGGCAGACGCACAUCUCCUGGCAGAGGGGAGGGGAGGAGGCUGCACUCCUAUCUUUCUCUUCUCUGUCUCAGCUCUUCCCCGCAUGCUGAGAGGCUAAAUGGGGUCUCAGCCUGUCCUAAUCCAUCCCCACCUGGGGCAGAUUUCUAGAAGGUCCCUCAAGCCCAUGUGGCACCUUUGUGAGAAUUAAAAAAUAUGUACCUUCCCGUGGGCAGCUGCGGCCCAGCGCCAGGGCAUGGGGCUUGGCUAGGGGAGUGUGGACUUGAUCUCAGCCGCCGUUGCUCCCUCAGCCAUCUGCCCCUGAGCAGUGCACAGCCUGCUCCACAGCAGCCUUGGGCGGGCAGCCCCUGAGCUGCUGUCUCACUCUCUGCCCCGUGCCCACCUUGUCUUUCUUCCCUGCCCACUGGGCCUAGCAGCUGGGCAAAGAGGUGGUAGAUGCCUCUCCUCCUGGGUAGGCUGCAGCCCCUAUGCCAUGUCUCUCUCCUGCUCCCCCAGGAUGAGUGGAUGGACGGGCUGCCGAGGGCUCCAGGUUCUGGGUCCCUAGCCCUCUGCCCUGGUUGAGAUGGGGAGGAGCCCUUCCUGGCCAUAGUCUUUCUGCCCCAGUCAUCUUGUUGGAUGUUGUUGCCCAGGGUUGCCCUUUGGAAUGGACUGGGGAGUGGGGUCUGUCUGUUGUCAGGUCUCUAAGGACAGGUUUACAGCUACUGUCCCUGAUCUGUCCUCCCACAUCUCAGUGCUGUCCUGGGCCCAGGCUGAUUCUCAGAGGCUUUAGCAUGCCCAGGAGGGACGAGGGCCCUGGAUUGGGGUGGGCAGGUUUCCUGGGCUAAGGUCAGCCUUUUUCCUUAUUUUAAGUUAUUUAUUUAUUUGGUUUGUGGGUUUUGGGUUUUUCUGUUUGUUUGUUUAUGGUGUGAGUUCUCAUUCCCUGCAUCCCUAGAAAUGCUGCCCUGGUAUGUGGGGUGUCUGAGGAGAGGGGGCUGCAGAGAUAAUCAUCACUCAAAGUCUCCCCUAGACUCCAGCCACGAAGCUCAUAGCCAGCCCUGCUAACCAUGAAUUGGAAGUCCGUAAAAAGGGGCCAAAUUGGGAGGCCACCUAGCAAAUUGUGCCCAUUUUACAGAGAGGCAAACUGAGCCUCUUUAGUGCCCUGGGGCUGGUAGAUCACCCAGCACCACAAAGUGCCCUUCCACCCUGAGUUCCCUGCUCCCUAAGGACAUAAAAAUUUCUAGAAAGGCUGAGGGAGAGGCACCCCGCAUGGGCCUGGGAACAGGACUGGGGGAACCUUGUCCUAAUAGGGCAGGGAGCCUGUUCUUAGGAAAGGCUUGCCACCCCUGGGAAAGAUGGGAAGGGGCGGCUCCCAGCACUUGGUUCUUAUUCUGGGUUCUGGGGAGGGAGUACCCACACCUGCUUUUGGGUUACAGUCAUCUCAGCCCUGCUCACCUUGUCCUGGGCCGGGGCCAGGUCCGAGUCUUGGCCUAGGCUCCCCCAGCCUCCCAGCCCUCCGCUUUUUUGCACCCACCAGAGACUACUUCUCCCUGUGACAGGCGGGGCAUGGGGCUCCAGUCCUGGCCCUGGCCAGUCAGAGUCCCUCUGAACCUCUGCUUCCACCUCUGUAAAAUGGCUGUUUGGGGGAGGGGGCAGCCUUGCUGCAUGACUCUUGGGAGUUCAUUGGUGAGGGGCUGCUGUGGGGUGUGUGAUGGGGAAGCACUGGGAACAGGACUCCAGGCUGGCCUUUGGGGAAGUCACCAUUCCACUGCAGGUCUCUAGUCCCCAGCCACUGACCCUGGGAGACCCUUUCAGUGGGAGUGGUCAGGGGCUCCAUCCCAGAGGCAGGAAAGGCCUCAAGUACAGGAGCUGCAUGGCCUGAGGGGCGGGGAGAGGAAGCCAUCAGUCGUAUUUAUCUCUGUUAGUGCAGGGGUAGCUGCUGCCUCCUUUGUGAACUUGGGUCGCUGUGAUUGUGAAUAAAGGUGAUUUCAUACCAGCCUGAGGGCUGUGCUAGCAUA